UUUACUGAAAACAAAUAUACUUGUCUUGAUAUUAAAAAGCUUGAAGGGAUAACAAAAAUUGGAUUAUACUACUUAACAAAUAUACAAAAUGAGCUUAAUCAUUUUGAAGUCAAAUUAACUGAAUCUUAUUUGCAUGAAAUU